AUGCCAUGUAGUUAUUUAUUUACAAUGAUUCAAAAUCUCAAUAAUUUCGCACAAGUCAAAAAGAUUUAUCCGUUUUGCGCACAACUUACUGCAUGCAAUUUUGUAAUUCAUUGGUCAAGACGAUAUCCAAAAAUUAUUGAGGUCUAUUUAACAGACGAUUUACAACAAAAUUUAAUGAUAUUUGGCUUAACAUUUUGUAUAAAUGUUGGAAAUCAAUAUAAAAUUGAUCAUCCAUCAUUAGCUUCAUUUUGUUACGAUGAUGCAAGAAACUUAAGUGUAGCAUUAGAACACCAUAUGGCAACAUUAGCUCAACAACAGAGAAAUAUAUUUAGUCAAAGAAACCUGCAAGAAGGUGUACAAUCAACUGAUAUCCGUUACCAUUUUCCGUAUUUUAAAAUAUCUUUUUUUUUAGAGUGUAUUGAAUAA